AUGGACGACACUUCGCCGCCCGAGAGCAUCGACCAAUCCAAGGACAAGAAGAAGAGCCGACGCCCCGCGAACACAGCGUUCCGCCAGCAACGUCUGAAAGCAUGGCAGCCAAUCCUCACCCCAAAGACCGUCAUUCCGCUCUUCUUCGUGAUAGGUAUCAUCACAGCGCCCAUUGGGGGUCUGCUAAUCUAUGCCAGCUCGACGGUUAAAGAACUGCGGAUCGACUACACGAACUGCUUCCGAGAUGCUCCCACCGACCAGCUCGCGCUGAUGCCUUCCGAUACCGUAUUCCCUGGUUUCAACGACAAUAGCAAUGUUACGGCCCAGUGGCAACGCACCGAAAACAUCAAUUCCACCUUUGGAAACGGGACCCAUGUGGUCCCUAACUUGAUAAACUGCACCCUUCAAUUUGUCGUACCGGAAAACAUGCCUGCGCCGGUCCUGCUCUACUACCGCCUUGAGAACUUCUACCAGAACCACCGUCGCUACGUAGCAUCAUACUACGACAAGCAGCUACUGGGCGAUGAUGUCAGCACCUCCCAGGUCGAUGACUCGCCUUGCGAUCCUCUGGACCUUCUGAAUGGCACAGCAAUCUACCCCUGUGGCUUGAUCGCCAAUUCACUGUUCAACGACACGAUAGGUCAUCCCGUGCGCUUAGGUGUCAGCGGUGAUGAAGACGUGCGGGCGUACGAGAUGAAAGAGACGGGCAUUGCUUGGUCAUCAGACAAGGACUUGUAUGGGCCGAGGAAGAGCACGGAUUACAGUAACAUUGUCCCGCCCCCGGACUGGCAGAUACGAUACCCCAACGGCAGGUACAAUGACGACAACCCACCGCCGAACUUGAAGGAAGACGAACACUUCAUAGUAUGGAUGAGGACGGCUGGCUUGCCGACCUUCAGCAAGCUAUACAUGAGGAACGAUGGCGAUACUUUGCAGGCGGGCACAUAUGCCCUCAACAUCACCGACAACUUCCGAACCGACGUGUACCAGGGCAAGAAGAGUAUCGUCAUCACGACACUGUCUCCUAUGGGCGGCAAGAACAACUUUCUGGGCAUACUAUGGCUGGUAGUCGGCGGAUUCUGCAUCGCCCUGGCGCUCCUCUUCCUGAUCACCAAUCUCAUCAAGCCCCGGAAACUUGGUGACCACACCUACCUGUCCUGGAACAACGCCCCGCCAUCGGCAGCCGCGAAGGGCAAAGGCAAGGCGUCUGCCCCCGCUGCGGGCAUAUCGACCGGUCGUGAUUUGUCAUAG